AUGGAUUGGCUACAGAAGCGUCAAGAGAAACGGCUGAAGGCUAUGAACGCCUUUUUGACGCGGAUAAAAGUUCCRGGUUUCAAUGSGAGCCACUACUUCGCAGAGACUCCUACCCAGUCUCUACCUAAUAUCGGCAUCGCUUUCUCAGGCGGUGGCUACCGAGCUCUACUUAACGGUGCUGGGAUAUUUGCUGCCUUCGAUGAAAGAACGCCAGGGUCAACUACACCAGGUCACCUUGGUGGACUGAUUCAAUCAUCAACGUACCUUUCAGGUCUAAGUGGUGGUUCCUGGCUGGUCGGGUCGAUCUAUGUUAAUAACUUUACUACCGUCACUGCGUUAUUAGACUCGCACACGAGUGGCCUAUGGGAAUUUGGUCAAUCGGUUCUCAGUGGCCCUACAGGCGAUGCCGGGUAUUUGAACCGCCUUCGUCAGGUUGUUGAUGGCAAAGAAGAGGCCGGGUUUCCCGUAUCAAUCACUGAUUACUGGUACUAUCUCCUCCCCUGCAUCCUAUCUUUGGGUCGUGGGCUCUCCUACCAAUUGGUGAAUGCCACUGAGGGCGGGCCUGCCUACACUUGGUCAUCUAUUGCCUCGACUCCACUUUUCGAUGACGGCAGCGUGCCAAUGCCUAUCAUCGUUGCACUUGAACGUGCGCCUUUAGAGCAGAACUUGACAUUGAAUUCAUCUGUCUACGAAUUCAACCCAUGGGAAUUGGGUACAUGGGACCCGACGACAUACGGCUUCGUGCCUCUCGGAUUUGGUGGAUCCAAUUUCACAAAUGGCAGUCUUAUAAGUGGCGAGUGUGUCUCUGGAUUCGAUAAUGUCGGGUUCAUCAUGGGCACAUCUUCUUCCUUGUUCAACCAAGCGCUGCUUAACAUCAACAAUACAGAUCUUCAACAAACAUUCAAACGCCUCACGACUUCGCUUCUACAAAACCUCAACGAGUCAUCGAAUGACGUUUCUGUAUACCAACCGAAUCCUUUCUACAAGUUCAAUAGAGCGAGCAAUCGGAAUGCUCAAGAAGAGGCACUGAUCCUUGUUGAUGGCGGCGAGGACUUCCAGAAUAUUCCAUUCCACCCGCUUCUACAAUCCAAUCGCAAGGUCGAUAUAAUAUUUGCCAUUGAUAGCUCGGCAGAUACAAAGAUGCGAUGGCCUAACGGGACUAGCAUGGUAGCAACCUAUGAGCGCAACAGCAAUCAUUCUGAGAUAGCAGAUGGGACUGCGUUUCCUUCUAUCCCAGAUCAGAAUACUUUUGUGAAUCUAGGCUUGAACAGUCGUCCUACGUUCUUCGGCUGUGAUCCAACUAAUAGCACUGGCGAAAACUCAGCUCCACUGGUCGUCUAUAUCCCAAAUAGCCCAUACACUUACAUGUCAAACAUCACAACAUUCACGCUUGAACUCAACAAUACUGAACGGAAUGACCUGCCGGAGCCUACACCGCACUAA